GCACCCACCAAAGCUAGCUCGGCCUUUGCUUUGGCAUCAUCCUUCUACUCGUUCACCAUACAAUCAAAUUCUAUAGAAGAAAUAUAAUAUGCAACAAAGCCUUUCCUUUCCCAUGGUGAUUACUGACUGAUUCCAAGCUUGCUCGUAUAUUGAUUGAGAGCCAAAGGACACUUUGCAGCCUAAAAUUAUGCCAUGGAGGCCCUCAAUGCAGCAGCAAGCUUGACCCCUUUAUCAGUUCUUUCUGAAACAAGAAACGAACCUAGAAAGACUACUUUACUUCCCAUUUCUUCCCCACUUAAAUUCUCAAAACCAGCUCUCCGAGAAUGCAUAUCAAGAAGUGUUAAUGGUAGUCUGGUGCUGCUAUCUUCAGUUCUCUGUACAGGGCUUGCACAUGCUUUAACAUAUGAGGAAGCACUGCAGCAGUCUGCCGGGUCUACCGCACUUGAUUUUGAUGUAGGCGGGGUGGUUGAUAGUGUAGUCAGUUUUGGGACUGGGAAUCCUUUGAUAAUAGCAGGUGGUGCCACCAUUUUGGCAGUGCCUUUGGUUUUGUCUCAGGUGCUGAAGAAGCCUAAACCAUGGGGGGUAGAGUCUGCAAAGAGUUAUGCAAAAUUAGGAGAUGAUUCAAGCGCUCAGUUGCUUGAUAUAAGAGCCCCAGUUGAGGCUAGGCAAGUGGGUAGUCCAGAUGUUAGGGGUUUGAGAAAGAAGGCAAUUUCCAUUGUUUAUAAAGGUGAAGACAAGCCUGGGUUUUUGAAGAAACUGUCUUUGAAGUUCAAAGAACCAGAGAACACCACAUUGUUCGUUCUUGACAAAUAUGAUGGAAACUCUGAACUGGUUGCGGAGUUGGUCACCAUAAAUGGAUUUAAAGCAGCUUAUGCAAUAAAAGAUGGUGCAGAAGGACCUCGGGGAUGGAUGAAUAGUGGUCUCCCAUGGAUACCUCCAAAGAAAGGACCAAGUCUUGAUCUGAGCAGCUUAACAGAAGCAUUUGCAGAGACUUUUGAUGGCGUAUCUGUUACCGUUGGACUUGCUGCAGCUACUGGAUUAGGUUUCCUUGCAUAUACCGAGAUAGAAACAGUACUCCAACUAUUAGGUUCAGCUGCUAUAAUUCAGUUUGUGAGCAAGAAACUCCUUUUUGCAGAGGACCGCAAACAAAUGCUGCAACAAUUUGAUGAAUUCUUGAACACCAAGAUUGCCCCAAAAGAGCUUGUUGAUGAAAUAAAGGAUAUUGGAAAGGCUUUUCUACCUUCAACCACUGGCAAGGCUCUUCCUGCACCUGCAGAGGCGAGCUCAGAAUCUACUACCACCAGCUCUGAGGCUACUGCACAAAAAAUUGAAGCUGCUCCGAAGUUGACGGCAGAGAUAAAAUCAGAAUCCUCACUAGAAUCUCUUCCCCAAGUAAAUUCAGCGACCAAUACGGAAGCUAAAGCAGCAUCACCUCCUAGAUCAUCAAGACCGCUUUCACCAUAUCCAUAUUAUCCAGACUUCAAACCUCCAUCUUCCCCUACUCCAGCCCAGCCAUAGAGUUCUAAAGGAAAACUAAUCAAUCAGGAAAUCCUAAAUAUUUCUCCCGAGUUCUGCUGAUCGUGAAAUGAAUCUGUCAAAGUUGAACAGGAGCUUUGGAUUGAAAAAGCUAAGAGUCUUACAAUAACAGAUGAUUUAGUCUGCAAAACCAUCUUCUUGAUGCUUUUUAUGUUGUAGUAGUUGUAUUUUGUAGUGCUAAAAGUGGUUUUCUUCGGUAUCUGUAAGACAUGAUUGUGUACUGGAUUUGGAUAGAGCAGAUGUUCAUAAAUUUUAAGAUGUUUUUCUUUUUCAA